AUAGGGGUACUGUUGCUGCAUAUUAGAAAUUUGAGCUACAUUUUUACAGCGUCUCCAUUUCAAGGUAGCUGCUAGAGUAACAGCAAUUGCCCGUGUCCAUUAGCAAUCAUGUCUUCUGGAGGAGCCAUUGGCAGCGAGUAUGUCCCAAACGGCCUCCGCCGAUCCCUAAGGAAGAAGUAUGCUGUGAAAUCUACCAGGGUCCAGCCACUGUUGAACGGGAUGACACAGAGACCCGCUAUACUCAAGGAGGGAUUUCUUCACAAGCCUAGCUUCUUUAGAUUUGGUGGAAAAAAGAAGAGAUGGUGCGUUCUCCGGACCUAUUCCUCAGUCGAAGCAAGCAUGGACAUAUUCCUUGAUGAGUCCAAGACUCGCUAUAAGGGAAGCAUAUGCCUCGACAAGGAGGCACAGCCACUUAUAGUGGUAAAGCCUGCAGAUGACAGAUCUUCAUAUUACAUGAUACUCAAAGUUGGUAAAAACUCUUACCACUUUACAACAGAUUCUCAGAGAGAGCUCAAGGAUUGGGCAGCACUUCUACGACAAAUCGUUGAUCCAGCUGCUACACUAUUUUCAGCUAGCAUUGUAGAACCAAAUGAUCUAGAAGAAGGAAUGGUUAAUGUCCAAUUUGCUGCAAACUACAUUGCACUACUCUGCCCCUUGAGAGAGAUAUCGCUCAAGAGAUGGCGUUUAGAGCACAUUGCUUCGUUUGGUCAGUGUGGAGGGAUGCUCACUUUUGAGUGCUGCAGGCGCUGCUCCGACCCAAACACCUCGAGAUGCUCCCUCAACAUUAAGCAAGAGAAACCAGCCACCAUACUCAGUUUGAUGGAGAAAACAAUAAGAGAUAAUCCGAAUACAAACGAGAUACAUUACGAGAGGAGCAUUUUAGGUGACAUAUAUCACUGCAGUCACCAAUGUAACAGCAGCCCCAGGCUACUCCCUGCAUUCUCGGAAAGUAACCUUACACAACUGAGCACACACUCAUCUCCUUUUGCUUCAAGGAGACGCCAUGAUCUUGAGGUCUCUCUUCCACCACCAGAUAUUGAUCACAACACUUCAUAUUAUCACAAUUUACUUGAGAACCACGACUCAGGACUAGGUACACCGCAGCAAGAGGACUCGCCUGAUUUUUCAGGUUUUCCUUCCUCUCCAAUCACUUUAAAACCAAGCGGGAAACCGACUUCUCCUGCUAGAAAACCAAUCAAGUACACUUCGCCAGCUCACAGAUCAAGAAGCAACAGCGACAAUAAAUACAGUACAGCUGCAUCCUCCAGUCGUUACAGCUCCACUCCAACAAGAUCAGAAACUGAUGAGAGCAGUGGAUCAGAGCUAGGUCAAGUGUCUAGUAGCUUGUCAAGCUGUCAAGCAAAGGAGACAAAGAGAAGCUUACAAACCCAUCGAUCAGUGUCGCCAGUAAAGACAGCAGCUCGAUCAAUGACUCCAUCAACUUACAAUAAACUAGAGACAGUCUCUGAGCCAUCAGACAGAACAGAACCCCCUCCCUUACCUCCUACUAGAAGAGAGUCCCGUGGGCGUGGUAACAAUGGCAGUGUUAGCCCUCCCAACACAGUCACAAGAUCAAUAAGUCCGUCAGGCAAGAAAUACAAGUCUUUGGUACCUAUCGGCGUCCCACCACCUCCUCCUAAAUUCAUAAAGAAGAUCAACGGUGAGUCGAGAUUAGAACAAGUAAGAGACUCUUCAUCUGAUCGAGAUCAUCCGAUAGCUGAUUUAUCGAGUCCAGAGACAAGACUGAGGAGUGGGACGCACAUAGUACAGCGAGAGCUCCCUCCUCAUUUACCGAGAGAGAGGGCACAGUCCCAAUCCGAUUUCUUAGAAGUUUCUUCUCCUUCUCAUCGUGUCCAUACUACUGGCCAUGGCGGAGUCCAUGGUAGAUUCAGAGCUGUCUCAAAGAGCACGUCAGAUGAACUUGGAGAAAGUUAUGAUGCUCUAGACAACCUGAAGUCGAUAAACCCGUUCUUUAGACUAGAUGAGUUAGAAUACGACGAAAGGGAAGGAGAACAGAGCCAAGAAGUCAUGUCUAAUCUUGCCGACUACCGCCACCACAAGAACGGAUACUGUGAGCCCGGCCUUGUUGAUAAAGUCCUCAGUAAAGUAGCCUGUGAUAAUGUUCCAUGUAAAAUAUCAGGCAAACCAAACCAGCCAAUGUCAUAG